GGUCCUGCGCCUUCCGUGCCUCUUCGCGCCUGCGUUCGAGCGGAAGGUCGUCCCUGUGACCGGCUAGGUGUUAGGAGCAGCUGUCGCCAUGUUGUCGGUCGCUGCCCGCUCGGGCCCAUUCGCGCCCGUCCUGUCGGCCACGUCCCGCGGGGUGGCGGGCGCGCUGCGGCCCCUGCUGCAAGCCGCGGUGCCCGCCACCCCGGAGCCACCUGUUCUGGACGCCAAGCGACCCUUCCUGUCCCGGGAGUCGCUGAAUGGCCAGGCUGCGACCCGGCCCUUGGUCGCCACGGUGGGCCUCAAUGUUCCUGCUUCUGUUCGCUAUUCCCAUACAGAUGUCAAGGUGCCUGACUUCUCUGACUACCGUCGUCCUGAAGUUCUAGAUAGCACCAAGUCUUCUAAAGAGAGCAGUGAGGCUAGAAAAGGCUUCUCUUACCUGGUAACUGCAACUACUACUGUGGGUGUUGCGUAUGCUGCCAAGAAUGUGGUCACCCAGUUUGUUUCCAGCAUGAGCGCUUCUGCUGAUGUACUGGCCAUGUCGAAGAUCGAGAUCAAGCUGUCUGAUAUUCCUGAAGGAAAGAACAUGGCUUUCAAAUGGAGAGGCAAACCUCUGUUUGUGCGCCAUAGAACCCAGAAGGAGAUUGCCCAAGAAGCUGCAGUUGAAUUGUCCCAGUUGAGGGAUCCACAGCAUGAUUUAGAGCGAGUAAAGAAACCUGAAUGGGUUAUUCUGAUAGGUGUCUGCACUCAUCUUGGCUGUGUACCCAUUGCAAAUGCAGGAGAUUUUGGUGGCUAUUAUUGUCCCUGCCAUGGGUCACACUAUGAUGCCUCUGGCAGGAUCAGGAGGGGCCCUGCGCCUCUCAACCUGGAAGUGCCUACCUAUGAGUUCACCAGUGAUGAUGUAGUUGUUGUGGGUUAGACACUGGACUCAAGGCCUAGGUUUCUUUCGGUCUUCCUGUUCCCUCAGAAGAGUUGGGAGUAAGCCUUGUGUACAUGUAGGUUCGUUGAUUUAAAAUAUUUAAGAAUUGUGAAUAAUGUAUUGGCAAACAUUAAUGUGAAGUAAUUGAAUUCACUCUUAAAUAUUGUCAAGCAUUAUUGUAAUAAAGCCACUGUUGAACAUCAUUAAAUUCAGUCAGACUUGAAAGGUGCAAUGUCUUUGAUAGCUAAUUCUAAUAAAACAUCACAGAUUGUUGUACAAGGUA